AUGACAAAAAGCAGACAGUGUGUUUUUAUGAAACCGUUGUUAACGCACAGUUAUCCACCACUAACGGCAACAUUACCAACGUGUUUUUUACCUAUAGCAAGUCUUUUGACGACACGCGAACAACGAAAUUGGCAUCGUGAUAAUUUAAAUGGUAAUGAAUUAUCAGCAUCAGCUAUUACAUCGAAAAAUCAUCAUCAUCGUCAAGAUCCUGUUUUAAAAUUAAUCGAUGUUGAUGUCUCAUCAUUAAAUAAUGAAAUUUCUGAUAAAACACAACUAAGUAAUUUCGAAUAUAACCAUUAUAAUGAUAAUCAUACAAGUGUAAGUUAUUUAUUCUUCAUCGAUUUUUUAAAAUAAUGUGAUGGUUUAAUUGUAACAUACUAUCCAUAUAGAAGUUUUCCUUGAGUAUGUGAUGCAAAUCGAGAGUAUAUGAUCUCCUUCAGUGAACUAAACUAAAAAGCAAUGGAAAGAUGUACUUUUGAAAAUUUUUAAAUACUAAAUAAUUUCUACUUAAAAAUGUAGUAGAAUCAUUGAGUUUCCAACAUUUUCAUAUAAAUGUUUCAAAAAUGGAUAAUUUACAUAUCUAGUCUAAAUUCAUAAAUCUUAAAUUUCUAAUAUUUUCUUCUAAAUUUGGUAAAACUUUAUUUUUGUAAUUGACAAAUAAACUUUUAUCUACGAUGUCAUCAGUCUAAAAACAUUUCGGUAGUGGGUUAAUUUAUGAAAGUGACUUUUCAUCUAAAAGGAAAUGGUGCGGGCAUAAGGUCAUUUACCGUUCCUUAAUAUUUUUUG